GCUGCCUCCUCUCACACGCAGAGGAGGAGGCAGACUCUGGCCUGAGGGAGAAGGGAGCAGAUAGCGCUCUGCAAAGCUCUGCUCUCCCAGCCGCUGCCUCCGCGCUCCCAAACUUUUGCUCCCUCAUUUAUUGAUGCAGCUGAAACUGUGUCAGGAAAAAUAAAAUCCUCCCCGGGCAGGAGAGAGACACCCCCCGACCGACCAACCAACCAACCAGCUCCGCCCUGUGUCUAGUGGGAUUCCUGCCUGCGGGCAGCCAACAAGUGAGAAGCGGCGGCGCCAGAGGCGGCUGCGGGAGGGAGGGAGCGGAGCGCCCGGGGUCCCUGCUGCUGGUGCUGCGGGCUCUGGUGGUGGUAAAGCAGCCGGGGAUCGCUCGGCGCCUGGGUUUUGCCUGAAGCGGCAGCUGCCUCGCCUGCACCCCGGGAAUAAUGCGGAGCGCGUGGAUACUGCUCACUUGUGGCUUGGUGGCCUACGUGUCCGGGGAGUCGAGAGCAGAAUUGACCUCUGAUAAAGACCUGUAUCUCGACAAUAGCUCUGUUGAAGAAGCAUCAGGUGUAUAUCCAAUUGAUGAUGACGAUUAUUCUUCUGGGUCCGGCUCAGGAGCUGAAGAUGAUGAAGGUAAUACAGUGAUAGCAACGUCUAGAACACUUCCAAAGAUACCGUCAACUAGUGAUGCACCUAAAGCUGAGACAACUACACUGAAAACACAGACCAAGAUUCCUGCACAAACUAAGUCACCUGAAGAAAUUGAUGAGACAGAGAAAAUUCAGAACACUAACUCUAACGCUAACAAAAAUAAGAAUGACGCAGGUGAUGACGCUGAUGUAUUUACUGAGAAGCACUCAGAAAACCUCUUUCAGAGAACAGAAGUACUUGCAGCUGUUAUUGCAGGUGGAGUUAUUGGCUUUCUCUUCGCAAUUUUCCUUAUCUUGCUGUUGGUAUAUCGCAUGAGGAAGAAGGAUGAAGGCAGCUACGACCUUGGUGAACGUAAACCAUCCAGUGCUGCCUAUCAAAAGGCACCUACUAAGGAGUUUUAUGCAUAAAAUUCCUACUUAGUGUCUCUAUUUAUGAGAUCACUGAACUCUUUUAAAUAAAGCUUUUGCAUAGAAUAAUGAAGAUCUUUUUUCUUUAAAGAGCCGUUAUGGCACCUUUAUGAUAAAAUCCCAUUGUAUUUAAAACUUUUCAUGUAUUCCUUUAAAAAAAUGUAAAAUUAAAACUUAACUUUUGCCGUGUUCUGUGAAUAACAGUGGUAAAGCAUUAUUUUAUAAAACCAUUGAUGUUCACUGAAUCAUUUUUAAAACUUUAUGCAUAAAUAUAAAAUAAUGAAAAUGAUUGUUUUAUCCUAUGGCUCAAUGAAAGUUGUUUAAUUUUUGUCAGCAUGUCUCAGAUUGAUCUUACAAGUUAGUUUUUAUUUCAUUAAUUUAUCUGUUUCCAAAAAAUGCCUUUUUGUAGUUGUCAUGGUGCAAUUUGUCUUCGGAUAAUUCAGAUAACAGUAACUUUUAGUGUAAAUGUAAUUUUUCAGCUAUGUAAACUUUAAUCUCCACUUUGUAUAAAUUUGUGUCCGAAUAUCAAUUUUACACUUUGCAUUGUUUCUCAAUGUAACUGUAGCUUCAGUGAAAUUUGUAACAGCAAAUUAAUGUGUAAAAUUGGAUUAGUACUACAAACUGUAUAGUCAUAUCCUUACUAAACAAAUCUUUAAGGAAGAUUUGAAGUAAGCUACUUACAAGCCUAAGCAAACCCAAAGACUCUAACAGUAUUCUGAGAAGUUGCUGCAGAUUUCUAUGGCCACUGUAUUUGUUAAUUUCUUGCAAUUUGAAGUUACAAGUAGGGUUUAAAUAUCAAUUUUUGUUCUUAAAAAUACAUUUAAGUUGUAAACGUCUUUUAAAGCCUUUGAAGUGCCUAUGAUUCUAUGUAACUCGUCGCAGACUGGUGUUAAUGAAUAUAUAACAGUAAAAGAAAAUGUUGGUAUUUUAUAAGCACAGACAAUUCUAGUGGUAACUUUUGUAGUCUUACAUGGAUAGACAUAAAUUGUAAUUUGGGAACAUAAACACUACUGAAUAAAUCAUGUGGCCUAAUACUGAAA